GUCUAGCUGACUCUUAGAAAUUUCAGGACCCGGACAGCGCCUCGUUUGUCCAGAAUGAGAAAGGGGACCCGCGCAAAAACUAGACCGAGCUCUCUUGGGGAGUGAGACUUAGCCUGCCAAAGUUCUGAGCCCCAGGUGCUGUCCCAGUCCCCCCAUCCCAUUUUGGGGGUGAUGCCAAUAGGAUAAGGGAAAGAGGGGGAGGCUCCGGCUCUCUGGAGUCGGCUGCUGAGGACAGCGGUUAGUCAGGCUCUGGAACGGUCCUAAUGGAUGGUCACUUUCCCCGGUUACGUUCCUCUCCUCUUUCUCCCUCACUUCCCACCUCCCUCUCUCCUCUUCCAGGGAAAUGGCAGCUUCUGGCAGGUUGGACCCGGAGCUGUCCGAGUACAGAAACUAUGUGGUUUCGCGGCCCGUCUACAACGAGCCCUUCUUCCUGGAGCAGUACGAGCGACAGCUGCGGGAGCGCCAGACAGUCCGAGAGAAACUGGUCAAAUGCUGCAGUUGUUCCAGAAGAAAGACAAUUCGGGUGCUGAAGUCCCUUUUCCCCAUCUUGGAGUGGCUACCCAAAUACCGAAUAAAAGAAUGGCUGCUUAGUGACUUAAUUUCUGGUGUUAGCACUGGACUUGUGGCCACUUUACAAGGUAUGGCAUAUGCCCUACUGGCUGAAGUUCCUGUUGGCUAUGGUCUUUACUCUGCUUUCUUUCCCAUCUUGACGUAUUUUGUCUUUGGAACAUCAAGACACAUCUCAGUGGGACCCUUCCCUGUGGUCAGUCUGAUGGUGGGAUCUGUUGUGCUAACCAUGGCCCCUAAUGAACAAUUUCCCUCUUUCGACAAUAAUACAGACAACAUUACCAACAUUGACACAGGUGCCAGAGAUGCACAGCGAGUGUUAAUUGCCAGCACCCUCACUGUUUUAGUAGGCAUUAUACAGAUGAUAUUGGGGGGCUUGCAGAUUGGAUUCAUCGUUCGAUAUCUCGCAGAUCCAUUAGUUGGAGGAUUCACAACAGCAGCUGCCUUUCAAGUAUUUGUUUCACAGCUGAAAAUUAUCCUCAAUGUUUCAACCAAAAAUUAUAAUGGUGUCCUCUCAAUAAUAUAUACUCUGGUUGAGAUACUUGAGAAACUUGGUUCCACAAACAUUGCAGAUUUAGUGGCUGGACUCCUGACCAUUAUUGUCUGCAUUGCUGUUAAGGAAAUAAACGAUCGAUUUAAACACAAAAUUCCUAUUCCUAUUCCUAUAGAAGUGAUUGUGACAAUUGUAGCUACAGCUAUUUCAUUUGGAUUUGACCUAGAAAAAAAGUAUGAUGCUGGCAUUGUUAAAUCCAUUCCAAGGGGGUUUUUGCCCCCUGCUCUUCCAUCAGUAAACUUGUUUUCUCAGAUGGCUACUGCUUCAUUUUCCAUUGCUGUGGUGGCCUAUGCAAUUGCCGUGUCUGUAGGAAAAGUCUAUGCUACCAAGUAUGAUUACGCCAUUAAUGGGAACCAGGAAUUCAUUGCCUUUGGGAUCAGCAAUAUCUUCUCCGGAUUCUUCUCCUGUUUUGUGGCUACCACUGCCCUGUCACGCACUGCUGUUCAAGAGAGCACUGGUGGAAAAACACAGAUUGCCGGCAUCAUCUCGGCCCUGAUUGUGCUGAUUGCAAUUGUGGCUUUGGGGAAGCUGCUAGAACCUUUGCAAAAGUCUGUCUUGGCAGCUGUUGUCAUUGCCAACCUGAAAGGAAUGUUUAUGCAAGUGUGUGAUGUUCCUCGUCUGUGGAGGCAGAAUAAAAUCGAUGCCGUCAUCUGGGUGUUUACAUGCAUAGCAUCCAUCAUCCUGGGUCUUGACCUAGGCCUGCUUGCUGGACUUCUGUUUGGAUUACUGACCGUGGUCUUCAGAGUUCAAUUUCCUUCAUGGAAUGAUCUUGGAAAUGUCCCUGGCACAGACCUCUACAAAGGCACCAAGGAUUACAAAAAUGUCAAUGAACUCGAAGGAGUGAGGAUCGUGAGCUUUUAUAGUCCUAUAUUUUAUGGCAAUAUUGAUGGCUUUAAAAAAUGUAUCAAAUCCACAGUUGGGUUUGAUGCAGUUCGAGUUCAUAAUAAAAGGCUCAAAGCACUGAGGAAGAUACAGAAACUAAUCAAAAAGGGACAACUCCAAGCAACAAAGAAUGGCAUUGUCAGUGAUGCCUGUGCCACCAAUCAAGGUUUUGAGCCUGAUGAAGAUCCUGAAGACCCUGAAGACCUGAAUAUCCCAACUAAGGAAGUAGAGAUCCGAGUAGAUUGGAAUUCAGAGCUUCCUGUCAAAGUGAAUGUUCCCAAAGUCCCCAUUCACAGCCUGAUCCUUGAUUUUGGAGCAGUGUCAUUCUUGGAUAUUGUUGCAGUGAGAUCACUACGAAUGAUUGUAAAAGAGUUUCACAGAAUUGAUGUGAAUGUGUACUUUGCUUCACUGAAAGACCAUGUGAUAGCAAAGCUGGAGCAAUGUGGUUUCUAUGAAGAUAAUAUCGUAAAGGACAUGUUCUUCCUGACUGUUCAUGAUGCUGUAUUAUAUAUACAGAGUCAAAUUAAAAUGCAAACUAUUGAAGACCCUAUCUUGGAAAAGAUUCAUCUGAUACAAGAAUAUAAAGAUCCUCUUGAAUUAAUGGACAGAGAGGUGAAGGAAGAUAAUCUUGAUGUCCAGGAUGAGGCAAUGCGUAGACUUGCUUCAUGAUGGAAGGCUACUGAAGUUGGCACCACCAUGGACUGUAUGGCAAUAUUUGCAAACCAAUAUUAUAUUAUGCAAGCAUUUUCUAUCUUGAUUAUUUCCUUGAAUUUUAAAAUUCAUUUGGUUUCUAUUGCAUAUUUGAAAACGAUUUGCAUGUUUUUCUCCUAAGACUGUCAUUAAGCCACAGAGUGGCUAAUGAGAAAAACGGUUCAAGCAAAUUUUAAGAGUAUAUGCUGGGGGGCAGCUAGGUGGCCCAGUGGAUAGAGCACUGGCUCUGGAGUCAGGAGUACUUGAGUUCAAAUCCGGCCUCGGACACUUAACACUUACUAGCUGUGUGACCCUGGGCAAGUCACUUAACCCCAGUUGCCUCACUAAAAAAAAAAAGAGUAUAUGCUGAAUAUACAGUGAAGAUUCUUCCAUGAAAAGGCACAGAUUUGCUAGCAAUGUUAAAAGGGGUACAUGUUUAUUUCCAGUCUGGAAAUGUAAAUCACUAGUAGUGAUGCAUUUGGAAUGACUAGGAUUAUUUUUUUUGUUAUUCUGAAAGUAUCCAUCUUUAUCACUGUAGGCGGGUCUGCCUGAAGCAUAAAGCAAUGGAAAAUAAAGACCACAAAUAUUUACACUGAUUCAUUGACCAAGGCAAAAAUGACAUGAUAGUCUAUUUUGGUAAUGUAAUUAAAGUGAAUCUUUUUUCCUCUGAUAAAGAAAUGUUACUGUUUGUGAAUAGAGACCUAACCAGAAUUCAGAAGCUAUAAAAUUGUACUUAUGAAAAAUAUACUUCUGCAGAGAGGUGUAUGAGAGUUGAGGGAAGAAGAAGUCAAGACAGAAUAAUGAUCCUUUUAAAAAAGUGAUAAUUUUAAGGACUAUAUAACUAAAUAAAUACAACUGAAACAAGAGAAAAUAGGAAUUUUUCUAAGGUCAGACAGUCUAUAACAUUUUAAAAAGGAAAUUGUUAUGCAUGGAUCCAUGUGCAUAUCUGUAUAUGCAUAUUCCAUGUGUGUGUGGGUUUUUUUGUUUUUGUUUUUGUUUUUUUGUGAGGCA